AUGGGCUCCUCUGCGCUCCGGCCCGCACGGCUGAUGGGCGACAUCCUAUCUGGCUUCGAUAUGGCCAGUCCGGCUGCAGGAAGAUCGACCACAAGCCAAGUAGCGACGCUCAAGUCGAUCCUGCACGGCAACACUGAGCUCACUCCCGGCGAAAGAGCAUCGCUACGGAAGCAGAUCACAUCUGCGGAGGAGCUUCUCAGAAACACGUAUGGCUUGCAGGAAGGAUGGUCUGUCAACGAGCGCGACGAGCUUCUCAACGAGGAGGGAUUACCAGUCUUUGACAUUCACGAGAAGCUACACGACGAGGUGGAUGCACAGCCAGUUCAGAGUGGGAGCAAAGCGGAGAACGGCGUCACACGACAGAGAUUGCCGCUUUGUCACCUCGUCGAGUCUGCUUGGCCGACACCCGAGAUCUGUGCUCUGUAUGGGCAGGUGAGGCGCCAUCAGUCGGAACAUACAUUCGGCAAGCGGAUGUCCGCCAGAUCGCACGUGACACCGACCCGAUCAUCACAUCCCGGCAAAGGCAAACAAAAGGCUGUCAUGCCUUGCUCGGUCCUCAAGAAGACAUCCUCCUUCUCACGGGAUGGCUGCUCCUCAUCAGACGAAGCAAGGGGUAAAUCCGGUCGAUCGGCUUCCCUCUCCUCCUCGGGGUCGGGCAGCACGCGUCGCAAAUGCGUUUCCUUUGAUCUGCCGCCCUUGCCUGCAACGCCCCCACAGCCACAGCAUGGCAGUCUACCCGCGAAUGGCCCAAAAGGAGGGUACAGAUUGGGAGAAGUAGUCGAACGGCCGAUGAAGAUGCAGCUCGUUGAGCAGUACGAUGAGCCAGAAAAGCUACGAAGUUCGAUUGCGCUCGCGGCCGAAAGGAGAGCGAGAGCGGAAUAUGCCGCUCAGGCAGCAAAGCGACGUGCUGUCGCUACGCCUAAGCCCGUCGGAAAUAUGACGACUCACAAGUUCAAGACAGCCGAAGAAAGGAUACGUGAAGAAUAUGCGAUACAGAAAGAAAAGCGACGCAGACUGGCAAAUGCUGAUCGACCUCAUCGUGUUUCGCCAAUCCAAGAAGAACGAGCACUACCGGCGCAGCCUCUUGAGCCUCGAUCGUCACCGGACGACCCGAGGCUCGCUCUGGAGCCUGCACGCACUCAUCACUCACCGCUGCCGCUCUCACACAUUGCUCCUUCCCACGAUGACACGUCACAGGAAGACACCUCGACGGAUGAAGAGGACAAUCUGUUCGAUUCGGACGAAGAAGAAGACGAGGACGAGGCUGAUUUCGCCGAGUUUGAUUCCGAAUUGGGAGCACAGGUUGCUGCAAGGGAGCAAGCCUUCCGGUACCACUACCUGCGUACCAAGCAGGAUUCUAUCCUACCUGUUUCCUCAUUCGAUGAGGAAGAGUCCGACGAUCAACCCCGACGAUCACGGUUCAGGCAGAACAGACACAACCUAGUCAGGAUGAUCAUUCCCUCGCUCGCACCGGGUGGAAAAGGCACUUUGCCGACCAACGAGAGAGAUGCAGAUGCGGUAGAUGAUGAUGGAUACACUUCACAAGAGAGAGAAGAGAUUCGGCAGAGACUGGAAGCCAUCUGUCGCAAUCAGGAGUUCGAUCUUCCUUCACCAGCGUCGCCCGUGCAGCCACUGGCUCAAAUCAUACCCGCUCAGCCCGCGCCCCUGGCAACAAAAGAUGUCGUCCUCGAAGCAACAACCCAUGAUAUACGCCCAACAGAAGUGACGAAUAGCAAACCCGCUCGAGUAUCUCGCUUCAGGCAGCGUCGGUUGGACGAAAGCUGA